AGGAAACACCGUCACCAUAGAGUGAUAAUCCUAUUCUUAAAUCGGAAGUCACAGAUAAGCUGUUAGUGAAGUUUUGUUACCGUUUUACUCAUUUGAAGCUGUGGACUCCAGAUGUUUCUUCGUUAUACAUAGCGCAAAGUAAAAAUACGCGUUAUGGAUUAACUUAAGAUAAAAAUUAACUUGACCGUUGAGAAAACUUAUUUUUGAAAACGGGAUCUCACAUCUACCUGUGCAAUAUUAUGGCAAGCAAUAUAUCAGAUUUCGAGCAUUCGGUGACGGUGUUGGAAAAAGAUCAGGAGCAGUUUGACCUUAAGGACAUUGCUUCGUCCAAGAGGGAUCACGGAGAAACUGCUAAGGAUGACACAGUGGAAAUCAAAUCUGAAUUAUCCAAAGAUUUCAGCACUGUUUAUGGAUUGUUUAUUGUUGUUUCUGCGUUAUGUCUGGUACCACUUGUUGAAUUAAUCCCUAAUUACCAGUCGGAUUUCUUGCGUUGGAUCGAGACCGGAUUGUUGGUGAUCGCAAUAGCAUUUUUGGUGUUCGCAUUUACCUUCCUUUUUCGCGCUCCAACAUCGGUAACAGUCUGUGCGCCGGACGAACCUGAAGCCUUGUCGGCAUGGGGGCGACUGAAACUUCGAUUGCAAAACAAGUGGUUGAAACGGCAGAAUCUACCGAAAUUAGAUCCCGGAGUCUGUAUGCGGGUGCCGGUAAACAGGCACGUGACUCUGCAGAACACAGACAGUGGCAGCAUGUACCUCAAAGUGGGAUGCCUUAUAUUCACCGUGGGUUCGAUGAUUUAUGCCUGUGUAACUCUCGGGAUCGUAAUCGAAAAUUCAGCUGAUUUUCCAUCUGUUAUGGCACUAAAUCCUUCGAUUUUCAUAAUCUUUCAAGUGCUCCAGUUAUUUUUCCUGUUUCGCAAUUCGCACUUUACGUUAACCAAGUACAAAACAAUAGGAAGGCUUGGUCUUAUUCAUCUUGCCGCAACCAAUCUGUGCGUUAGUUUUCGCUGCGUUCUCGAUGAAACUCUUCAUGAGUUCGCGGAACUAAGGGAACACGAAUUAAGCGCCAACACAAACAACUCCGAUGCAAACCUUGGUCAACAUAAAUCUCGUGUGUGGGCACGUUCACAGUCUUCAUCUGGAACAGGGGCCUAUUUGACACCAUGUGUGGGAAAGGAUUCCAUGAUGUGCAGCAUUCUUCGAAGUGCCACACCCAUACUCUUUCCUUGCAUAAUAGAAAUGGCGUUAAUAUGUGCUGGAAUAUUUUUUGUCAUGUGGCGCGGCGUUGGAAUGGUUUCCGAUAAAUCAGCACCUUCAGUACAUGUGGUCAAUAAAGGUCACGGCAAGAAGCCCGUCAGCCGGACAGUUUAUCGUGUGGAUUGUGAUCAAGCACUGAUAGGGCUGUUUGUUGGACUGAUUAUUAUAGUGGGCGUCACAGUGGGUGUUGUUAUGUUUUUCUGGGCUGUGAACGAUCCCGAAUGGCACUUCUUUGCUGUCAUCGAAUUUAACACCAUGGAUCUUACUUUGCACGGCAUCAAUUUGAUUGCUGUGAUAAUCUGCGCCGUACAAUUUUCUCGAAAGUUACAAAGGACGCAGGCCCAUAAAUCAGUUAACCAGGAACUGGACGAUGCACUUCUUCUAAUUGCAAUGAUUGGGGUGUAUGCGUAUUGUAUUAUUACCCUACUGGGAGCCUCCAGUACUCCCGGCACCCUUUCCAACCUUUCGUUUGGUGUCGGAGUGCUGACUUUGGUACAGACAACAGCUCAGACGUUGUUUCUGUUUGAUGCCAGCAAACGUACAAAAAUGACUAAGCAUGAUGCCACAGGGAAACAGCAUAAACCAGCUCGUCAAACACUGACACUUUUGCUGAUCACAAAUUUGGCUCUUUGGGCGGUGAAGGUAUUUUGUUCCCUGGACACUAAGGCUUCCCCAGUACAACGGGAUUUUUACGGAGAACGACAGUGGAUUGUUCUGCUACAUAUGGUUGUUCCUCUGGAUGUGUUCUACAGUUUCCAUUCUACUGCCUUCAUUUUUGAGAUUUGGAAGCGGGCUUAUAAAUGACAGCAACUUUUGACUCCCUAGCCGGCCAAUUUGAACGGAUCUCUUUUUUUACCUGGUCAUGUAGUAAAAUUACGAAUAACGGCCUUUUCUUUUGAAUGCUGUUUUUCAUAAAAUUGAAAUACUAAAUACGUAAAGAUUGUCAUUUAAGCUCGCUUCUCUCCUGGUAACGAGCAUACUUUAGUAGUUGAUCGCGUAAAAGGUCACAUAAAUGACACCGUAAUAAAAUAAGAUGUACUGUAUGCCUCAUUAUACUGGUAUGGUAUUACGUAGCCGAAAAAAAAUGUCCGGUGCCGGAAUGUGGCGUUGAUUGCUAAUGGCUGCAUAAACUCAUAAAAAUAUGCUUACGCGAUUUGGCCACAUCGAUGAUCUGUCGGAUAGCUGCACUAGUAACAUAUUUAAUUGUGUCAGAAAUCAUUACUGUAUUACCAAAAACCUUGACCAGCGACGAUAUCAAAGGAUGUUACUACUGUAUUAAAAUUUGUACUAUUUUCCAACCUAAAAGCGCGAGCCGGUUCAUAUUAUUCGAAAGUCAAAACAACCGGACCAAUGGAAACAAAUGCCAGUGCCAACGGCAACGAGCUACAUGCCGGUAUUUACUGGGAUAUUGAGAACAUUCCCAUUCAUGCAUAUAACGCGGACGAAGAAGCCAAAGAUGCAGUAGUGGGAAUGAAUAAACUCGCUCAGACAAACCACUUCAAUGACUCAAACUUUGCUGAACUUAUAAAAAUAAUUAAGAAAUUCGUCAUUGUUGCCCGCAAAGAUGGAGAUUACAUAUCAACUCCUCAAAUUAGCAAAGAUCGCGUUGUGGCACAUGGGGUCAGUAUACUGAUGCAGCGAAAACGAAAACGGUCGGUAGAAAACAAGCCGACUGUACCAGUGGUGGAAUUAAUUGAUUUGCCCUUUUCCCGAGCCAAAGAUUACUGCGAUAAAGAGAUAAUUCGCCGGGCCAACAUAUACGUGCAAUCAUAUCAAAACGGGCAGAAAGUUGUUAUUUACUUGAUGACCGGGGAUAAAGACAUAAUCCGACAGGUAAACGCCUUCAGUGCGCAGUUCGAUUUAGUCAUCGUCAUUUUACGCGGAAACCGAGAACUCCGCAACGUCACCGGCCACUGUCGCAAUGUGCGACGUGAAAACGCCGGACGAGGAAGACGGAUUCAGAUUUACAUGUUUGAAGAAGUGGUCAGGGCCGGCAAGAGCCACGAAAACGAUUUCCCUGUCAACGAUGUCGAAAUUUUUGCUCGAGAAGGCGUUCAUGACAUUGAUCCUUUCGCCAAUGCGAACGCAAACAGCCGCAACCGAAAUGCAGUCAACCGCAUAGAAACGAGGAAUCGCAACACCGCGCAAGAACUGGAUGAUGCCGGCCACUUUGACAUUUUGUUCCCUCAAAUGUAAAGCUGGAAAACCCGUAGCCCGCAAAAGCUGGCAAUGCCUGUAUUCUGGAUCUAGAUGGGCUCAUGAUUUUGAUAUUUUUUUUACUAAGGAAUCCCGUCACAAUUGCAAAAGCAUAGUCACCGAUGCCAAGCUGCUAACUGAAUUCUGCAAUUUAUUCGUAUUUUAUGUAAAAAGCACAAGUAAAAGAUUCAUGUCCUGUCCUGUAUUGUACUUGUAUGUACAUAUCUACUGUACUCUGUAGUCAAUUUUAUACAUCAGAAGCAGCUGAAGUCAAUCGAACCAAGCAUGCGUCAACUAAACACAAUAUUAAA